CAUAUUACUACAUUUAGUUCUUAGUCACCACACUGAAGCAUGGCCCACUGAUUGUGCAGUGCAGUUGUCUGCAGUAGGCAGUAGGCCUUUCUCAACAGGUCCUGACUGGGGUCAAUCCCACUGCAAGUGUAGAAGUAAUGGCCCAUUUAUUAUAAAAUAACUCAAUUUCAGUUCAAAUAGAACUUAAUCAAAUCUCUACAAUCUACUCCUUUCCUGCUGAGGUUUGACAGAAACCUCUUUGUCUGUGUUUUCAGAUGGGAAGGUCUAUGAUGCUUACGUUGUCUACCAGAUGGAUGGUGUAGACAAAGACAUGGAGGAGAAAGUGUAUCACUUUGUGUGCAGCAUUCUGCCCAAUGUCCUGGAGCAGAAGUGUGGCUUUAGACUCUUCAUCCACGGCAGAGACGACUUACCUGGAGAAGACCACAUGGAGUUGGUGGAGGACURCAUGCGGCUGAGCAGRAGGCUGAUUGUCAUCCUGACCCCCAGCUCAAGCACAUGGUCAGCCUCAGGAGGUCAAGGGUCAUGGGGAUGCUCGUCUUCGUUGACCACAGCAGAUGACUAUGACUGUCAGGUGGGGCUCYWCCAGGYUCUGGUCCACAGUGAGAUGARCGUCAUCCUCAUCCAGCUGGGGGACAUGGGGGAGGGUGGCUACACACACCUGCCCCCCGGCCUGCAGCACCUGGUCCGCAAGAGUGCCCCCUUAAUGUGGCAGGAGGGAAGGCGUGGGUCGAUGCUGCCCAACUCAAGCUUCUGGAAGAGGGUGCGUUACAUGAUGCCUUGGCCGCGCCACUCGACUAGUUUUGACAACCAGUUAAUGACUGUUCUAUGUGAACGAUCAGAAGGUCUAAGGGCUUGAAGUGCGGUUGGAGGUCUGGGAGUCUGUUAUAGAAGAGAACACCCCCAGGUUCUCUGAAAAUUCUUAUUCCAUUUAUAGAAAUAUCAUUAAUUAUUCCAGUGCUGUGCAGCAAUAUACACAGGUUAGUUGAGAACGUCACAAAAACGAUGUACAAUGUGGCAAAAGGCCGUGUGUUGUUGUGAUUCUGGAUGGCUAGCAACAAUGACAAGAAACUGCCAUGUGGGGAAUGUAAGUGGCUCAUU